UUCUGCGUUUCCGUAGACAGACUUGCACGCCGGACGACCCAUGUCAUGCAUCCUCAAACGCACAUCUUCAAUAUUUGUGCUGUUGUACGUUGUGACAAACGUAACAUUUUUAACUCUCUUGGUCACGUAACGUCUCCUUAAGAAUAGGUUUUGCAGAAAAAUGGCAGACCAAGCCCCUUCUGUUGCCAUGGAGGCUGUCCUGAAGCCCAGCUGCGAAGUCCCUCAGGACAUGCCAAAAAUCAGAGGCUAUGACUUCAACCAGGGGGUCGAUCAUCAGGCAUUGCUCAAGUCCUACCUCACCACAGGCUUCCAGGCCAGCAGCUUAGCCAUGGCCAUCCAAGAGAUCAACCACAUGAUUGAGAAACGUCUUGAGCCAGAGAAGGAAGGCGAGGGAAAUGAGUCUGGUGAAUCCUCUCAGCACUCAGGUUGCACCAUCUUCCUGGGAUACACUUCCAACCUCAUCAGCUCUGGAGUGAGAGAGAGCAUCCGUUACCUGGCAGAGCACAAAAUGGUGGAUGUGAUUGUUACCACAGCUGGAGGCAUUGAGGAGGAUUUGAUCAAGUGUCUGGCUCACACUUAUUUGGGAGACUUCAGUUUGUCUGGGAAGGAGCUCCGUUUGAGAGGCAUCAACAGAAUCGGGAACCUGCUGGUGCCCAACGAUAACUACUGUAAAUUUGAGGACUGGCUGAUGCCCAUUCUUGACCAGAUGUUGCUGGAGCAGAACACAGAGGGAAUCCGUUGGACUCCCUCCAAAAUGAUCCACCGGCUUGGCAAGGAGAUAAAUAACACUGAAUCUGUUUACUACUGGGCCUACAAGAAUAACAUUCCAGUCUUCAGUCCUGCUCUUACAGAUGGCUCUCUGGGUGACAUGAUCUACUUCCACUCAUUUAAAAACCCCGGCUUGGUUUUAGACAUUGUAGAAGACAUACGCAAGUUGAACGGUCAGGCAGUUUUUGCCAAGAAGACAGGAAUGAUCAUCCUGGGAGGAGGGCUGGUUAAACAUCACAUAGCCAAUGCUAAUCUUAUGAGGAAUGGAGCUGACUACGUAGUGUACGUGAACACUGGUCAGGAGUUUGAUGGCUCUGAUUCUGGGGCCCGACCCGAUGAGGCCGUAUCGUGGGGCAAAAUCAGAACAGACGCAACACCCGUAAAGGUGUAUGCAGAUGCCUCUUUGGUUUUCCCUCUGAUCGUCGCCGAGACGUUUGCUCUUAACGCCAGCAAGCUGACUGCCUUAAAGAAAGCUGAUUAAAUUGUUGUUGCCUUUUAUUUCCUUUUGGAAAUGACAAGCACCUUUAGUUCCGCCGGGUAUUUGUUUGUGAUACUGAGAAAGAAUGGUGUGGAUGUCCCUUUUUUCUUCUUUCCAGGAUAUGAACCUGAUAGGUAUUUUUUUCUUCUUCCCUGUUGAGACAGCUGAAAUAGCAUCCGUAUAAUAUUAUGCAUGUACCAAAGACACUGUUUCAGAUGAAUCAAAUGUUAGCUGUAUAAUGUGUGUGUGUGACAGGAAAGGAUUAAGUACACUCACGAGUGUUCAGUAGGGAAGAGUUUUAACUUAUUUCAGUGUAGCUGUGGUAUUAUACUCAAUGAAUGGCUGUUUUCAUUAAUAUGAUCUUAAUGGGUCUCCGCUUUUAUAUAUCUGUAUAAGUUAGCUUGUUGUUGCUUUGUGAAUGGAGAAUCUUUCUCUUUAAUUUAAUAAAUC